CUCAGGCUCUGCCCCGGAAGUGGUCCUGGCGCAUAGCCGGAAGUGCGCAGGCAGUGCUCGCGGUGGCGGCGACGGCGGCGGGAGGUUCGGUUGUCGCCCGUUGGCCGCGCGGCGCCGCGCUCGGCGGCCGCCAUUGCAGCUUGUUUUCACUUGAUAUUUAAAGACAGAAAGCUCAUGGUGCAAAUUGUUAUUUCCAGUGCGAGGGCUGGAGGCCUGGCAGAAUGGGUGCUGAUGGAGCUACAGGGGGAGAUCGAGGCUCGCUACAGCACUGGAUUAGCUGGAAACCUCCUGGGAGACCUACAUUACACCACUGAGGGAAUCCCUGUGCUGAUUGUGGGGCAUCAUAUCCUGUAUGGGAAAAUCAUCCACCUGGAGAAACCUUUUGCAGUCCUUGUCAAACACACUCCUGGGGAUCAGGAUUGCGAUGAGCUUCGCCAUGAAACUGGCACCCGGUAUCUGGUGACAGCACUCAUCAAAGACAAGAUCCUUUUCAAAAUCCGUCCGAAGCCCAUUAUCACCAACGUCCCCAAGAAAGUAUGAAAGAACCUCGGAUAUUCCCUAGAGAGCGGCCAACUCCUUGGACUCGUGCUCCACUGCCACCUCGAGGACGGCUCAACGGUUCCCUGGGACCACAGGGAGGUCCUGUUCUGAACGCAGGCCACCCACUGGGUGUGAACUCAGAUCCCUUCCUUAUGGCGGCCGGUUCUCUUGGUGGAAAUCUGGCCCCAUUUCCAAGGAACCCAUCUCCUUUUCCAGCUUCAUCAGGCUCACUGGCUUCAAAUCCAGCACCUUUCCCGGCUGGUACUCGUGACCCAAGCAUGGCUUCUUUUCCAAGAGGGAUGAAUCCCACAGGCACAGGUGCAGUUUCUUUCCCAAGGCCUGGUGGCCUCUUGGGGCCAGCCCCUGGCCCAGGCCCUGUGGUAAACCCUAGGACAGGGGGUCUUCCAGUCCCAGGGCCUCUGUCUAACCCCAGGUUAGGGGGUCUCCCAGGAUCAGGUCCUAUGUCCAACCCAAGAGCAGGUGGUCUCCUGGGAGCAGGUCCUGACCCCAGAAGUGGUGGUCCCAUGGGCCCCGGAUCUGGACCUAACCUGAGAGCAGGUGUUGUGUUGAGCUCUGGGAAUGGUCCUCCCAAUCCUAGACCAGUUGGCCUGGGCCCAGGAUCAAACCCCAAUCUGAGAUCAGGCUUUUUAGGGUCAAACCCUGCCCCCAGGUCAGGUGUGUUUACAGGCCCAGGCCUUGGGCCCAACCCAAGACCAAGUGGCCUGGGCCCAAGCCCUAAUCUAGAUGCCAGAGCAGGUGGCCUCUUGGGCACAGGAUCAGGUCUUAACUUAAGAAUGGCUGGACCUCAAGGCCUCGAUCUUGCCCCCAUUCUUAGAGCAGCAGGUCUUUUAGGAGCAAAUUCGGCUUCGUUCACACAGGCUUCUGGAAACAUGGGCCCAAGCCCAUCUUCCAUGGCAAGAGUACCUGCCCCGAUGGGCCCAAACUCAGGUCCUGGCUCUCGGGGAAUUGGCCUUACAGGGCCAAACCCAUCUCCCAUGUCAAGGGCUCCUGUCCCCAUAGGCCCUAAUUCGGCUCAUUUCUCAAGGCCAAGUGGCCCCAUGGGGGUAAAUGCCAAUCCGUUUCCCAGGGGAGUGGGUUCAUCUGCCUUCUCUCAAUCUUCUGGCCCAUUGGCAUCAAACCCAGCUACCUUCCAAAGGUCUGCUGGCCUCCAGGGCUCAAAUCCAACAGUUUUCCCAAGAGCCUCUGGGCCACUUGGCUCCAGCCCAGCUAACUUCCCAAGGGCUGCUGGCCUGCAGGGUCCAAGUCCAACUACCUUCCCAAGGUCUACUGGUCCAUUAGGCUCUGGUCAAGUUGCUUUCCCCAGGUCAGCUGCUGGGCACCUGGGCUCUUCUCCAGCAGGCCCUAUGGGUAUCAACCCAGCUCCUUUUGCAAGGCCAACUGGGACCCUGGGUCUCAACCCAGCUUCCUUUCCAAGGAUGAAUGGCCCUGCAGGCAAGAGUUUUGUCCCAUUUCCCAGAGUGGGGAGCCUCCCUGGCACAAACCCAGCUGCUUUCCCCAGACCAGGGGGUCCAAUGGCUGCAAUAUACCCAAAUGGAAUGUUACCCCCUUAAACAUCAUUUUCCCUCCAGGACCACCUUGGUUUCUAGGCACUGUGGUUCUUGGCAGGGGCUGUCUCUUAGGUAAAAGGGUAGUUGUGGAGCUGCAGUCUGAAGAACAUAGCUGGGGCUCAAGUUCAAAUGAGCUAUCUUUUUCUUCUGCGUUUUUCUUGACUGAAGGUGAGAUGUUGUUUGUGGCAUGUGAACUGUGGCAGGUGGGAAUAGUCCUGGCCUUGAGAAAAGGAUCUCCAGCUCCCAGAAGCCUUCCGUGCUUUCGUCCCGCAGCUUUCUGCCUGUUUCCUACUAGUUUCUUGAAUUGUUCUUGUGGACUUUUCCUCAGGGAUACAUUGGCCUGCAGGUCCCAGUUCACAUGUAGUACCCUGCUCACCAUUGGAGAAUCAGCUCACUGCUCUCUAGAAACGUGGUGUUGGUGAAUGGAUCAUGCUUCUAUAGCUCUGACCUGGGCAGCUUGGACCUGGUCAUCCUCUACUGCCAUACCUUUCCCUGGGGGCUUGGACACAGAACAGGGAGAUGGACAACCACUUCAAAGACCCACCGAAUGCAGUUUCUGCUUGACUGACUGGGUCUGCACCUCUCUUCCUGGGACUUAGAGGUGGCCAGAUUUAAGGCUCCUCUACUCAUCCAACUCCCUCCUUACUGGUACUCCCAAUCAAAGAACCUCAAAAAUUUAAAUUGAUGUGGGUGGGAAUAUGGGAAUUGGGGUGGGGGUGAGGGAAUUAAGGGAAUAAGUCACUGUGCUUUGUUCAGCCUGAUGUGAAAGGAUGGUUGGUGGUUUUCUUGCAUUGUAUCUUUUCUUACUGUUUCUUUAAUAAAUGGGAUGAGAGGGC